GUUUUGCACCCAAUGCACAACAAUUAUGCCUUUACCAGUAGAUUCUGAGCCACAUAUUCGUCAAAGGAUGUCUUCAAAUUCAAGCCAACAGACAGUAGGAGUGGACACACCGGUCGCCGACACGGAGGGGACUAUUUGUGACGAGUUAUUCGAGUUACUUUACAACAUUACUGUAGCCAUUACACAUGUUACAACACUCCACAUUGUCAAGUUCUUCUGCGUUUCGGUGACUAUCGGAUCGUUCAUGUACGAGUUUUUCCCCAUAAGAGAGUCGUACUUCUCCAACAAACACAAUUUCCUUAACCAGUACUUCGUCAAGCUUGCAUGGGGCUGGACCAUGGCCCUCCACACCCCAUUGAUCAUCACCACCGGCUUGCUGCAAACUCCGGUGAAUUUUCUGCAGACUGCCAUGGGUCUGUCGAGGGUACUUUUGGUGGGGACAACGGUGUGGUUUGGCUGGGUCGAAAUUGUCUUCCACUGGGUGAUGCAAAUGACUGGAUCAUGCAUUGGGGAUGAGAAUUUGACCGAUGUUAGAUCUUGCUUCAAAGCAGGACAUCACUGGGACGGGUUCGACAUCUCCGGUCACUGCUUCCUUCUCAUAUACAGCGCCCUCUUGAUUCAUGAAGAACUGCGAAUCGUGCAUCAAAGUUCCACCCAAACAAAACCAUCAUUGGAUGCAGUAGCAGAGAAACAAACCAGUAAAGAAAACAAAAAAGACAAGUUGAUAUUUCUACAAAAGUUUUUUACUAUUCUGCUGAUCCUAUUGGAAUGUUUGUGGAUGUUGAUGGUGUCUAUGACGGCAGUUUAUUUCCAUGCCUUGAGCCACAAGUUGAUUGGUGCUGGAGUAGCGAUAUUAUCUUGGCACGUCACUUACAACAUUUGGUACAAAAUGAGCCUGUCACCUGGUUCAAGUUGAUGUCGAUGAGAACAAAAAUAAUUGAUCGGAGCUCAACUUCACAAUCACAUGCUCCUACCUAGAGCUAUGAGGUUCAAUCCGCUAGCGUCUCCACGAAACGAUAGCGGAACGAACCUCUAAUAUUAAAAGUUUUAGGAUUGGACUUCACAAAGAUAGUCCUAACCUAACUUACUUCUAGCUAGAGGCUAUAACUAUAAGGCUCCCCCGUCAUGCCUGUCGUAGGGGAGCAUUAUAGUUUCUAGAAGUAAUCCUAACUUUAGGACCUUGGCUUGGGACUCUUUACUUUAGGUUAUGAACCUAAGCCUAGUCCUAAGUUAGGUAGGAUGAGUAACUCAUCGUAACUUGAGAUACGACUAGUCUCAACUCUUUGUGAAAUCCACCGCAGAACUAAAAAACUAAAUUAUAAAUUUCCAUGUACACUCAUAAAAAUAGUAUUAAUUCUAUGGCAAAUAGACUAAUCUUGUUGACCUCCAGAGUCUGUGGGUUUCUGGCCUAAAAAUUGGGAGCGCUAAUGUGCUGCUGUAUUCAAAUUAUUUGAAGGGAUAGUAUAUUUUAAUUCAUUCAUUCAUUCAUUAUUGGUUUAUUAUUUAAAAACAAAUUCCCAUG